AACGUUAUAAGUCAAGGGGAAUAUUUUAUUUCCUCACACUGAAGUGUCCCUCCAGGAAAUUACUGGGGAUUUCAAUUUCAUAGUGCCAGCAGACUGGCACAGUGUUAUUAAACGGAAGUACGCACCCACACACUCACAACUUCAGCCCUUCAACUUCAUGAAGUUUUCCUGUAAACUUUACAUUCAGCGCGGAUCAGCCCCCCGUUCAGCAGCAUGGCUCUAUCCAACAAGUGCUGGAUUUUUUGCGCCGUUUCCUUCUUCUGUGUCGCCCGUUUAGGGUCUUGCAGAAGAAAUAGAGAAGCAGAUGGAGCACAACCCGAGCUCUUUAUCUUCAAUGAGUUGUGCGCCCUGAAGGACGAGCAAGGGCCUUGCAAGGCCAUUAAGGACAGAUUCUUCUUCAGUGUCGACACAGGACGCUGUGAGCCGUUUGAAUAUGGAGGCUGUGGGGGAAACGCCAACAAUUUUGAGACCUUGGAAACUUGUGAGGAAAUGUGUGUUGUCUCAGAUGACAAGAACCCGUGUCAUUUGGCCGAAGCUCCUGGUCCCUGUCGAGGGAUGGUGACGCGUUACUUCUUUGACAGCAGCAGUCAGCAGUGCAAGCGUUUCUUUUACGGCGGCUGCUUUGGGAAUGCCAACAAUUUCAAGAGCAUGGCAGAGUGCGAGGCAAAAUGUCAGAACCCAGCAAAACCCACUAAGGCAGCAGAAGUCCACACACAGUCUACUAGACAAUCCAGCAUUGUGCACUCAACCAUAGUAACUGGGGAACUGACUGUAAGUGAACCUCAGGUGCAACUGAAUGACACUAAUAAAGAGCCAAAAGGGCUGUGUUUCAGUCCUGUGGACAAGGGACCGUGUGACGGUGCAGAGAGAAGGUUUGCAUACAACCCCAAGACCAAGAGAUGCCAGAUGUUUUUCUACGGUGGUUGCGGGGGAAACGAGAACAACUUCACAUACCGGAAACACUGUAUUAAGAAGUGCAUUCAAAGCAGAAAGGGUCAUGGGAGGCUGAUCCGAAUAAGGAAGAAAAACUUAGAAAACAUUGUUAAUCGUUCAGUCUGACACUUGGCUCUGCAUUCAAUCCUGCACUGCUGUGGAGCCACCUGUAUUUAUGUCCAUAUGUUGUUUUUAGCUUUACUCAUAUCUAUUGUUCUGUAGUGCUACAGUAAACUCAUUUGUAGUGUACCUGAAUUAGCUGUGUAGUGACUGAAUUCAAUUAUCAUUAUUAUCCACAUAAUUUCAAUAUGUCAUUGACAAAAAACACAUUAUUAUUAUUAUUAUAUAUUGUUUUGCUGAUUUCUAAUAUAGCAGCUCUCUACACUUAUGCUCUGUGUAUCAAUGUUUUGUAUAAACAAUAUCUUAUGUCUUUUUAAUUUUACAGUCUCAAGGCUCUGUUAGGAUCAUACUGAUGUAAACAUUUUACUGUAACAAAAUGAAUGCUUCUCCUGCAUAUAUAACAUACUACAAUGUUUUUGGUACUGCUCCACUAUUGUCAAUCGAUGUGAACAAGAGCAUUAGCAGAUUACACUGGUGGACAAUCCUUAUUCCAGGACAGAAUGUUCACAUUAAUCAAGCUGACCAUGUCCUCAUAAAUCAAUGUGAACAAGGUAAUGACUUAUUUUUGUCAGAUUAAACACGAACACUUCUUUUUUCUUUUUAAUCAAUAUUAUGCCCGUUCGAAAAUAAUUAUUGCAGUCCUGCUGGUGUUGUUGGUAAGGAAAAACAGAAGGAGGCAGUGUUGUGUAAAGUGUGUUUUCACAGAGGUUGUCAGCACUGCUCUGUCUUGGCUGCACAGUGCUCUGUGUCUUGUUUUGUAACCAUGGCUGUGAUGAAAUUACUGUAUGGCCUCAACAACUGUCAGCAAUUCCAAUUCUGUAAUGGGCUUUUGUUGAUAAUUAAUCUGUUAAAAAAUAAAGACAAUUUGUAUCCCUUUAAAACAA